AUUUUUAAUAUUUAGUACACACACACGCAUACACACUAUAUUGGAGUGUUGAAUAGGAGAAUUUUAUAAAAUAAAAAAAUAAACAAACAAACAAAAAUCAUUAUGAAUUUAACUGGGAUUAAAGUUAUUAAAAUUUUAAUUUGGAUUACAUUUUUAAUUCAUUGUGUUACAAAAGCUUGUGUUUUUCAUAGUCAAGAUGGAACGGGGACAGAAGCGGAAGGUGUGCGUUUUAUUCGUGUACGUGAAGAUUUAACACCUGGUAAAGAAAUUGUUACAUUACGGGCAUAUCCAAGAACUUCAAUAAUGAUUCGGGGUAUUGAUCGUUCAACGGAUCAUAAAUUUUUUAAAUUAUUAGAAAUAAAUUCAACAACGGUACAAAUUCUAUUAGAAAAAUCUUUAGAAGAUCUUGUAGAUCGUGAUAUACCACAAAAUUUAUUAAAAUUUCGUAUAUUUUGUACCGGUCAUAAUGGUAGACAUGAAGAGGCGGCAUAUCUAUCGGUUACGGUUUAUGUAGAAGAUGUUAACGAUCAUGCACCAGUUUUUCUUAAUCAGCCAUAUACUGUACGUGUUGAUGAAUCAACAUCACCAGGAACAGUAAUAUUUCAAGGUAUUCAAGCUGUUGAUCGUGAUAAACCAAAUACACCUAAUUCAGAUGUUCAAAUAACAUUAAUUGAAAGUGAUCGUCAUCUUGGUGCACCAUAUUUUAUGUUAGAAAGCCCACAUCGUCCUUUUGUAAUUUUGAAACGACAAUUAGAUUAUGAUAAUGGCGUACGCGAAUUCAAUAUACCAAUAAUAGCAAGUGAUAGAGGAUCACCACCACGAUAUGCUAAUACAAGCUUACAAAUUUUAGUUAAAGAUAAUGAUGAUUUACCACCAAAAUUUACUGAAGGUGUUUACAGAACAAAAAUUAAUGAAUUCUAUCCAAUGACGGGGAAAGCAAUAAGAGUGCCAUUAUAUUUUGCUCCGCCAGUGAUGGCUUUUGAUCAAGAUUCAUUAAAUGCAUCACUUAUUUACGAUAUAAUUUCGGGAAAUGAGAGAAAAUUAUUUAAAGUAAAUCCACAAAACGGUAUCAUAUAUUUAGAAAGAGAAAUUGAUUUAGAAGAAGAAAGUUUACCAGGAAACACUUUUGUUUUACAAAUAGAAGCACGUCAAAAAGAUAGUCCAUUGAAAAGAGCAUUAGCAAGAAUUGAAAUCGAAAUUCUUGAUUUAAAUGAUAAUGCGCCAGAAUUCGAAGUGGAACUAUAUAAUAUUUCAAUUGUCGAAAAUCUUCCUAGCGGUUUUAGUGUUUUGCAAGUGAAUGCGGUUGAUCGUGAUCAAGGAGAAAACUCUGAAUUUUUUUACACCCUAAUAAAUGAAAAACCAUCUGGUGCAUUUCUGAUUGAUUCAAGAACGGGAUGGCUAACUGUUAGAGAUCAUACUCUGUUGGAUAGAGAAGCACGAUCUUCUAUUUCUAUGACAGUUCAGGCUGUUGAAAGAAAUCAUCCAUAUGACACAGAAAGACCAAAAGAUUCUGGAACCGUAUUAGUGGAAAUAACACUAUUGGAUUCAAAUGAUAACACACCAAAAUUUGAAAAUGGGAAUUUAUAUGAAUUUAAAGUUAGUGUUGCAGCUAUUGUAAAUACAGUUAUAGGAAAAGUUACAGCAAAGGAUCCGGAUGAAGGAAGAAAUGGACUAAUAUUAUAUGAAUUACAACGACCUAAAGGAAGUGGUUAUAUUCCAUUUAGAUUGGAUUCACAGACUGGAACACUUUUUGUAGCUGGUCCAUUGCGUAGAGGUAGAAUUGCACUUUUUGUUGAAGCAAGUGAUCAGCCUACAAAUCCCUCAGAGAAAAGAUUUUCUCUUGCUGUGGUUACUAUAGAAGUUCAUCCCAUAAUCAAUGAGGAUACAAUUGAUUUUAUUGGUGCUCCAUACGAAUUUUGGGUUGGAGCUGAUGUACCAGUGGGAACAUCUGUUGGUCAAGUUAGAACAACUUUAGAUUAUGAUGGUGAUGCUGAUAUUAUGUAUGACUUAUUACAUUCAUAUCCGGAAGGUGUUCCAUUUGCAAUUGAAGAGAGGUCUGGCAUUGUAACCGUUAUAAGGGACUUAGAAGAUUUUGAUCGAAAUGUUUAUUACUUUGAAGCUGGUGUUAUUUCUGAUAGUGAGGAUGUUUUAGUUACGAAUGUUACAAUCCAUGUUGUGGGUCCUAAUGAUGACAGAGGAAUUUUGAUGAGAGGCACAAGCUUACACCCAAUUGAAUUUCAUAUAAAAGAAAAUGUACCAGGAGCAUUAAUUGGACGUCUUCUAUACAAGCAUGCUGACAAGCCAAUUGGAUUAAGGUUUUUAAUAGCUAAUCAACAAGACGUAACUAAUAGAAUAACAAUAAUGGAUGAUGGAACAUUAAUGACUUUAAGUGGAUUGGAUAGAGAAACACAAGAAGUUUACAGAUUAACGAUUAUAGCUGAAUAUUCAAAAGGAUUUAUUAGUGGAGCAGGAAUAUAUCAAGUCAAUGUAAUAGUAGAUGACGUCAAUGACAAUCCACCUGUUUUUGACGCCCCGGUUUAUUCAGGAGUAAUUUAUGAAAACAGCCCAGUUGGAAGUGAAAUAAUUCUUAACAGACCAAUAGUAGUCACUGAUGCAGAUGCAGGAAAAAAUGCAUUGUUUAAUCUCAGCUUCAUAGGGGAAGGAAAAGAUAUGUUCAAAAUAGAAUUCUACAACGUGACAGGAAAAAAAAAUUUAACUGCGCAGUUUACAUCUCAUGAACAAUUAGAAAUUGAAAGAAAUUUCAUAGACAUGCAAAUGAUUCUUUUAAAUCCGAAUCGAACUAUUUCAAAUGAACCACAUUACCGGGUAAAAUAUGUUGGAGCUAAAACAUUAGAUAGAGAACGCGAACAUUUUUAUAAUCUUCAUUUAUUGGCUAAGGAUAGCGGUGGCUUAACUUCUUCGGUACGUUUGCACAUUUUAAUAGCUGAUGUAAAUGAUAACCCUCCUGUUUUUGAAAAAAUUGCUGUCUUCAAAGAGUCUGGUGUGGAAAUAAUUGAAUAUUCAAACGAUAUGGAAGUUUAUUUUGUGGAAAAAAUGACAGGAGAAAAGGAAAAAGUAAAAGUAUUACAAAUGCAAGAUUUUUCAUUGCCUGGAUCUCCCCGUUAUUCAACUUUGAAUUUUACAAGAACUGGUAGGUCUCGAAGAGGAGAAAUUCAUAAACAAUUCUUUAGACAAGGGAAGAAAUUAAGAACUUCUCCAUUCUUCGCCGUAUUGGAAGAUGUACCAGUGGGAACAACUGUCUUGAAAGUAACUGCAACUGAUGAAGAUUCAGAUAAAAAUUCUCAAAUAUUUUAUGAAAUCACCACUGAAACUAUUUAUCCAAUUUUGAAAACUAAAGAUACAAUUCCAUUAUUAAGAAGUGUUCGUUUCUUUAAUAUUGAUAGAAUAUCUGGGGAAAUUAAAGUUAAUCAACCUUUAGAAGCCAAUGUAGAAAUAUUACUAAAUUUAACAGCCAAAGAUAUUGGAGGUCUAUCAGAUCACACAAGUAUUCGAUUUAGAGUUGUUGAUGUGAAUAAUCACGCCCCCGUUUUUAAGAAAUCUUGGUAUUCUUUUGAUUUGCAAGAAGGAGAAUAUUAUGAUCAAUCAAUUGAUCGAAUUGAAGCAACUGAUGAUGAUUUUGGACAGAAUGCAAAUGUUACAUAUUCUAUUGAAAGCCCUGAUCCAAUUCCAUUCCAUAUAUCACAUAAAUCUGGAGUAUUAAAAGUUGAUGGCGAUUUAGAUAGGGAAGUAAAAUCACAGUACGAAUUUUUAAUAAUAGCUAGUGAUAAUGCUAUCAACGGAAAAAGAUUAAGUAGUUCUGUUGAGGUUGAGAUCAAUGUACUGGAUGUAAAUGACAACUCACCAGAAUUUGUUGGAUAUGACGAAAUUAUGAACGCCCAGUCGUCCGACCAGAUCAACGAACUUGAAGAUGCUCGUAAAAUGGUGUCAGACGACACUUACCAUAAAUACAGUUUAUUAUCCAAUACUCCAGUAUAUAAAGCAUAUUUACAUAGAAAUACAGUACCAGGGACAUUUGUUAAGCAAAUAACUGCUAUCGAUAAAGAUUAUGCUGGAAACGGAAAUGGUUUGGUUAUGUUUUCAUUAUUACAUCAUAAAAUGCCUCAUUUAUUUGAAAUUGAUUCGCGUGAUGGCAUAAUUACAACAAUUUCAAAAUUCAACAAGUAUAACGGUUACGAUCACGUUAACUUGACUGUAGUUGCAACUGAUUUGGGUAGUCCAUCAAAAUCUUCAACAGCGUUUUUGACAGUCAAUUUACAAGGCGACGAUUUAAUUGAAGAAGAAGAUUCAAAUCUGUUUCAUCACAAGUAUUAUGAAGUUGAAGUGUUAGAAAAUAAUGAUUAUCCACUAGAUUUGAUCAAAAUUAAUGUGUCAGCGGCAUACGUAAAAGAACCUUUCAAAUGGAGUAUAGUACCAGAAUAUGGCGAGCAACAAAAUUCCUUUGAAAUUGAUGAACAUACUGGUGUCAUUAGAGUAACAAAAUCAUUAGAUAGAGAAGAAAUUGAAGCGUAUAGACUGAAGAUUCGCGCUGACCGUGUUGGCCGUGAAGCACGGACAUAUACCCAAAUGAUGUAUCCUGUAAGUGGAGAUCGUAUUCAAGGACUUCAAGAGAAUGAAGUACGUGUUGUAAUUCGUGUUGGAGAUGAAAAUGAUAAUACACCUAAAUUUAGAGGAAAUGGCCGCCCCAUUGUUACUAUAAUUCCAAAUACUGCUAAUUUUGGUUUUCCAGUAACUACAGUUGAAGCUAUUGAUAAUGAUAUUGGAUUAAACGCAGAAAUAAGAUACAAAUUAUUAAAUGAACCGACGAAAAUGUUUGGUAUAAAUGAAGAAACUGGUAAAAUACGUGUACUUGGACCAAUUAGCGGUGAAAGAAGAGUUUAUGGAUUUGAUGUUAAAGCUACGGAUCGCCGUGGUGAUGAUGAUGGCCGAAGUAGUAUUGCAAAUGUUUUUGUAUAUGUAUUAGAUGAAAAUCGUCAAGUCAGAUUAGUUGUAUCGGGUAAACCGUUAACGGUUGAAAGGCAUAUUGGAAAUUUAAUGAAAAAUUUAAGUGUUGCAACUGGAAUGGAUGUUCGAGUGAGAUUAUUGGAACCGCAUUUUGGUGGUGAAGUACCUGCAACCGAUGUUUAUAUAUAUGCAGUUGAUCCUAAAACUAAUACUAUUGUUGAUAUGGAAAAAUUACAAAAAGCAAUAUCAUCAAUAGAUAUGCAAAAUAUGUCAGUGUCAUCAUCAUCUCAAAUAUUAGAAAUUGCUGAUUUUGGUACAUUGCCACCAAGAAUAAAUUCAAAAUCAGUUGGAACGGCUACAAUGAGUGGAACUGAAAUAAUAUCGAUAAUAUUAGCAAUUAUUGUAUUCGCUGGUGGUAUGACAACAUCCCUAUGCAUUUUAUGUGUCCGGUAUAAGCGAAAACGACCACCAGGUACGGGAAUAGCGUAUGCUGUAGGGAGGCUUCCCUCCAGCACUUUGGGAACAUCUGCUAAUAGCAAGACAACAGUGUCAACAACAGCUGGUGGAAGCACAAAUUCGAAAAGAGCUAUCAGAGAUGAAAUCAUACGGCAAUCAAAUCGUUCACAAUUAUUUGGAGGAUACAAAACAACAGCAAAAGGAAUUUUAACUAGUUAUGAUCAAAGACAACAAAGUUAUUUUGAUGGAGCAUUAGCUAAAGCCAUUAUUGUUGGCAAUACUAUCGUUGAACAUGAAUCUUCACCUUCACGAUAUACUCAAAUUCACAAUCAUAAUACAAAUUUAUCACCCAAAAUAGAUGCUUCAAUGCAAUCUCAUCAUUCAAGCAGUCGUGAUUCAGGUAUUGGUUUUAUUACAACUAGCCGAGAACGUAGUGAUACACCAUCCGAACAUUUAUUACGAGUGAUAAGAAGUAGACAAAGUAUGGUUAAAGCUCAUACAAAAUGUUCAUGUCCAGAUCGUAUGGAAAUGCAUAACUGUUGUGCGGGUGAUAGUAGAAUUCGUUUUAGUGAUAGCUAUGAAGAUUCAUUAAAAAAUGGUGAAAUAACAACAAAUACAACAUGUUCACAUCAAAAUUUUACAAUGAUGCCAUCAAAUUCAAUCAAUACUAAUCAUUUACAUCAUCAUGGUAGUUAUCAACAAUUACCACGUUUCCGAAGAAGUUAUCGUAAUCAACCAAAUGGUAGAGCAUCAAAACGUGGUCCAGGUGGUAUACGUCAUUCAUUUUCUGGUGUACAAGAUGAUUUAACACAAGAAUCACCGAGAAUACGUUCAAGAGUUCAUAGUUUUCGUAAUUCUAUGACAGAUUUAGAAAAACGUUUACAUAAUCUGGAACAAUCAUUUAGGGAUCCAAUACGUUUAAAUAACCGAAAUUUCAAAUCGUAAUUUUUUUUUCAAAUUCCAAUUAAUUAUUUUAAAUGUACUUUGCUUUAAAAAAAAAAGCGUCAUUGUAUGUAUUUGUGCCUAAAUUUUUAAAAAAGAAGUCGGAAAUAGUUAAUGUUUUUAUAAUCAGGAAUAACUUUUAAAAAAAUGUGUAAAUUUUAAACUGUUAAGAAAAUGAAUGAAUAUUUUUUAAGAGUAGCGUUUGAAGUUUUAAAAGAAAUUUUAAUUUAAGAAUUAAAUUCCUGAAUUCAUGCUGCAAUAUUGUUAUAGAGACCCCAUUGGUCAGUAAAAUAUACUUGUACAUUUAACUCAUUAUACCUUUUAGAAUAUUGUGAUUUCAUGUUUUGAUUUCGUGAUUUGUGAUUUCUUGUGAAUCCUGCCGGUUUUAAAAACAAAAAAUUCAUAAACG